CACCACCAACAAAGGUCUACUUGUCAUCUUCCCCCUAAAUAUUUGAAGGCAAAUUCGAAUAAAAUUCGAAUCCCUAACAAUUGUAAUCAGUCAAGCUCACAAAAUCCAGCAGUCAUUAUUACACCUGCUUCGCAAUGCAACUUCGACGCUAUAUGUGAAGUGUUGGAGCAGAAUUUGAUUACCAAGUGCGUAACAAAAUUCAAUUCAGCGGUUGCUAGCUGUUCUGCUCUCACCUAAUCCUCCGGAAUUUGGCGCAACUCAGGAAUUCCAGUGGGUGGUAUCGGAGUGAAGGCUGAAAAGUUAGGAUUUGAUGCGGAAAACGGCUGGAAUUUGAAACCCUAUGGUUCAGGCGAUGGAUGAGGAGGAUAACAAAAUUGUUCCGAAAAGAAAGUCUAAACAUUUUGGAACCCCGGUUGAUUCGGGGGAUGAUGAGCCUAUUGGGACACUGUUAAAGCUCAAAACCAAAAGGAAAUCCAAGAGAAAUAGGAUAGCGGCAGAUGGUGGUGGACAAAAAAGUGGAGAGGUUGAAAAGAUGGUGGCUGAGGAUGACGAAUUAGGUGGUAUGGAUGACACAUUGGCGAACUUCCGGAAAAAGUUGAGGGGUCCAAAAAAGAAGGGUGUGUCUGCAAUAGCGGCUGUGAAAGACUGGAGCAGCAAUGCGUCCGAGCCGCUGUGCCAGUCUCUUCUCGAUGAGUCUGUGAAGGGCUGCGGAUCAGAUUCGAAUUUGACUUCCGAGUCAAAGAGAAGAUGUCUGGGAACCAAUGAAGGCGAAUCUUCUGAGGCUGCAAUGGUUAUGGAGAGUACAAAGGGGAAGGCUAAAAUGAAAAAUAAGAGAUCUAAGGUCAAUUUAGAUGCAAAGAUAUUGGAAAACUCUGAAUCUAAUGAUUUGGGUUACGAUAUAUGUAGGAAUGAUGCACUGCAGCACGUGAAAGAGGUUGCUUCAGAGCCAGAGGGAGAAGCUUCAGAGGAUUCUCUGUCUGCCUUCUUACAGAAGGUGCAGUCGGGGAUGGCUGCAAAGUCUCGUAAUCCUUCUAGAUUGAAGCUGUUAAAGGUGUCCGAUGAUGGGGCGUACUCCAGUGUUGGCUCAGAGGCUCUUGUUGACAAACGUCAGAGGGAAAUCCUUAUCCCUGAUGACAAAUGUUGUGCGACAACUGUUCAAGGUUCCUUAAUACCAAACAUGGUUGAAAAGAGUGUAUAUGAUUCUCCACCAAAAGACUUGAACUGCAUCCUGGGUAAUCCAUCUGAUUCAAAGCAAGGAAUUAUUUCUAGUACACCAGAUUCCAAUCAUGCAUCGAGAUCCACUGACUUUAUGGAUGAUUCAUCUACUAAUGUUAUCCCAAAGAAGUCGGCUUUCAAAACCAGUGCCCUAACAUCUGCUUCAAGCUUGAGGACUGAAUUCGGGGGUGAUAUGAUAAAAUCUGAAUCCACCGAGGAGCAGCCUGUGCUGGGGAAUGGGCCUCCUGAUUCAAUCAAUUUCCUUGAUACAAAAAUUGAUGUAGUUUGCUGUGUGGAAGCCGAGGAUUUGGGUACGUCGACAUCGUUGUAUGAAGGCAAAGCUAGAACUAAUGGGGAUGUUAAACAUGAUAGAGUGCUUGAUAAUGGUUUGUUUCCAUCAUAUUCUGGGCAAGUGCAGAUUCACUCAUCACCAUUUAUGUUUGACAAACCUUGGAGGGAACAUCAUUCAGAAUAUAAGUCAUCGCCGGUAUCAGCUAGUGAAAAUAAAAAUUUUGAAGUGGUUUUCCUGAAGCAUAAUGGUGACAGCGAGGAAAUUAAUGAAUCAGAACGUACUUUAGGACCUACUCAUGUUCUGCUUGAAAAUGAAUGUGGCCCAAACCGUGAUGAUCCUUCUGCAAGUGAAGAGAUCAAUGAAACCUCUUACUCAUCUAUUAUGCUUGAUCAUCAAGGAAAUUGUGCCAAAGAUAAUGCAUGCCAAGCUGAUCCCCAAACUCAGGAUAGUACUUUAUCUGUUGGUCAGCGAGCUGCUCGGAAUGCUAAAAAACAAAGGCACGGGGACGUGGCUUAUGAGGGUGAUAUCAAUUGGGAUAUUUUGAUUCAUAGUCAAGAUUUGUUUGGAAGCCAUCGUGCGGAUAAAACAAGAGAAAAGCUCAAUCCAUCAUCAACUGCUAUGGAUGCUGAAAGUGGAAAAGCAGCAGCUGUUGCCAUGGGGCUUAAAGCUCGUGCAGUGGGUCCCCUUGAGAAAAUCAAAUUCAAGGAAAUAUUGAAACGUAAAGGUGGACUUCAGGAGUACUUGGAUUGCAGGAACCACGUAUUAAGUGCUUGGAACAAAGAUGUCAGCCGGGUUUUGCCGCUAGCAGACUUUGGGGUGUCUGAUGCUCCUUUGGUUGCUAAAAGCCCACAUGCUUUGCUAAUUAGAGACGUUUUUAUCUUUCUUGAUCAACGGGGUUAUAUAAAUUUUGGAGUGACUUCUGAAAAGGAGAAAUCAGCAAACUGCAUCAAGCAUGACUUGAAAGUUUUGGCCGAGGAGUUUGGAGAAAAUGCCAAGCUCCAUCUGCCUGAUUCAGAUGGAGGAGUUUCUUUUAUUCUUGGGAAAGGAAAAAAUCAGGAGACCUGCAUUGAGGGAAAUGAUGAUGAUGCAUCUGCGAAUGGAAACCUGACAGGCAGAGUCGUAUCAGAAUAUGGGCCAGCACAUAUUGAGGCCUUUGAAACAUCUUCCCCAUGUAUUCUUGAACAAAGUCCGCAAGAUGAUAGUCGAGGAACUAAUGCGUUUGAUCCUAAACCUUCCAAUGAAGCUGCUACUUCAGAAUAUAUGGCUCUACCAUGCAAACAGGAGAAUGGGGGAAAAGUUCCUGCUGUCCAUCCUGAUUUACUUUUGGCUAGUGAGACAGGAUCUGCUAUACCUAUGCCCCCCAUAAACGGAGGGAAAAAAAAUGUAAUAGUUGUAGGAGCUGGCCCUGCUGGCUUAACUGCAGCACGCCACUUGCAGCGCCAAGGUUUCAUUGUUACAGUCCUUGAGGCUAGGAGCAGGUUAGGGGGUCGUGUUUUUACUGAUCAUGCAUCUUUAAGUGUUCCCGUAGAUCUUGGAGCUAGCAUUAUUACAGGUGUAGAAGCAGAUGUGACCUCAGAAAGAAGACCCGAUCCUUCUUCCUUGAUUUGUGCUCAGUUAGGACUUGAAUUGACGGUAUUGAACAGUGAUUGUCCCCUAUAUGAUACUGUGACUGGUGAGAAAGUUCCCGCAGAUCUGGAUGAAGCUUUAGAAGCUGAGUAUAAUAGCCUACUGGAUGACAUGGAGCUGCUCGCUGCUGAAAAGGGGGAAUGUGCCAUGAAGAUGUCUCUCGAGGAUGGCUUAGAAUAUGGACUCAAGAGUCGUCAUGUCUCUCAUCAUGGACUAGAUCACACAGAACCUAUGCCCAUUAGAUCUCAAGAUAACUCUGUGGCUGCUGAACGGUUUUCCACAGAUGAUGGAAAUCCCAAUUCUCAGAUUUCUAAACUAGAUGGUGUCAAUCCUCUUGAAAGAAGAGUCAUGGACUGGCAUUUCGCUCACUUAGAGUAUGGUUGUGCUGCUUUGCUCAAAGAAGUCUCACUUCCAAACUGGAACCAAGAUGAUGUGUAUGGAGGGUUUGGUGGAGCUCAUUGUAUGAUAAAAGGAGGUUACAGCACUGUUGUUGAAUCUCUCGCAGAAGGAAUUUGCAUUCACUUGGACCAUGUUGUUACAGAUAUAUCAUAUAUCCCAAAGGACUGUCAGACAAAUAAUGAACUAUGCAGAAUAGUUAAAGUUACUACAUCAAAUGGGAAUGAAUUUUCAGGAGAUGCAGUUCUGGUCACUGUACCACUUGGAUGUCUUAAAGCAGAAACAGUUAAAUUCUCACCACCUCUGCCUCAUUGGAAAUAUAUUUCUAUAAAGAGACUUGGAUUCGGUGUCCUCAAUAAGGUGGUCAUGGAAUUUCCUGAAGUAUUUUGGGAUGAAAGUAUUGACUACUUUGGUGCCACUGCUGAAUUUACAGACCAACGUGGCAGAUGCUUUAUGUUCUGGAAUGUCAAGAAAACAGUUGGAGCACCUGUUCUUAUAGCCUUGCUUGCUGGUAAGGCUGCUGUUGACGGCCAAAAUAUAAAUUCUUCUGAUCAUGUUUGUCAUGCCUUGAGUGUUCUCCGGAAAUUAUUUGGGGAAGAUAAAGUUCCCGACCCAGUUGCAUCCGUAGUAACUGACUGGGGAAGAGACCCUUACAGCUAUGGGGCUUAUUCCUAUGUUGCUGUGGGUUCAUCUGGAGAAGACUAUGAUAUUUUGGGAAGGCCAGUGGAUAAUUGUUUGUUUUUUGCUGGUGAAGCAACAUGCAAGGAGCAUCCUGACACUGUUGGUGGUGCAAUGAUGAGUGGGCUUCGAGAGGCUGUACGAAUAAUAGAUAUAUUGAAUACAGGAAUUGAUUACACUGCAGAAGUGGAGGCCAUGGAGGCUGCGAGAAGACACUCGGAUGUUGGAAGGAGUGAAAUAAAGGACAUUGUCAGGCGGCUAGAGACUUUAGAUUUGUCUAGCUCAUUGUAUAAGAAUUCUUUGGAUGAGUCCCAGUUAUCAACUUGGGGCUCAAUAUUGAAGGAUAUGUUUUUCACUGCAAGAACUACAGCUGGGAGAUUACAUCUAGCCAAAGAGUUGUUAAAACUUCCUGUUGGGUUUUUAAAGACCUUCGCUAGCACUAAAGAAGGGCUCAGUACCCUUAACUCAUGGAUUCUGGAUUCAAUGGGAAAGGAUGGAACCCAGCUCUUGCGCCAUUGUGUCCGUCUACUUGUACUUGUUUCAAAUGAUUUGCUUGCUGUUCGUUUCUCAGGUAUUGGAAAAACCGUGAAAGAGAAAGUGUGUGUUCAUACCAGCCGUGAUAUACGCGCAAUAGCUAGCCAGCUUGUGAGCGUGUGGGUUGAACUUUUUCGUAAGGAAAAGGCUUCUAAUAGGCUGAAAUUACUCAGGCAGUCGACACUGGAUUCAAAAAGCAAAUCUCCUGUUUUUGGGAAGCCACCACUCCGCAUACAUCAUAUGGAGAGCAAGAGUGCCGGAUUCCAGUUCCCAUCCACCAUAAACACUAAGACACUGAUUGAUGAAUCUGUUCAACCAGGAACAAGAAUUAACCCAAAGUCAGAAACUCAGCUCUCCAACUCUAAUGGUUCAAGCAGAAAUGGUGAUGCUAUAAUGUCUGAAGAAGAAAAGGUUGCCUUUGCUGCAGCAGAAGCUGCUCGUGCUGCAGCAAUUGCUGCUGCCAAGUUCCUCUGGAUUCACAAUAUUUUGACUUUGACAUCACUGGACGUUGUUCUGUUCUUGACAUUAAAUAUGCCCGUUCGUACAUGCUGUCCUCUGUUGCCUCUUUCGUAUUCUCAUGGGUGUUCAGAUGAAGACAACAUCUUUUUAAGCUCUCAUUCCUUUAGCUGCUGCACUGCAUGUACUCCAGUUUCCAACUGCUCCUUUUGCACAAGGAAACCCUAUGCAUUUGCUGCUUCUGGUGCAAAGCAUAAUGCAUUGAAACAGGCCCCCAAGAUUCUCUCGUUUCACAAAUUUGCCAUGCGUGAGCAGCAUGGUAAUAUGGAUGAGUGUGACAGUAGAAAGAAUUGGUCUGGGGCUGCCAUAGGAAGACAAGAUUGCUUAUCUGACAUAGAUUCUAGGAACUGCAGGGUUAGAGAUUGGUCAGUUGAUUUCUCCGCUACUGGUGUCAACCUCGAGAGUUCAAAAAUGUCGGUUGACAAUCGUUCACAUCGGAGCCACUCUAAUGAAAUUCCUAAUCAGCUGAUCAUUGGAGAGCUCUCUGGGGAAAGUGUAGCUGUAGAUAGCAGCAUAUUGACAAAAGCAUGGGUGGAUAAUGCUGGUAGCAUCGGGAUUAAAGAUUACAGUGCUAUUGAAAGAUGGCAAUGCCAGGCAGCAGCAGCUAGUUCCUCUCAUGGGACGAUGCACAUAACAGAUGAGGAGGAUUCAAACAUGAGUUCAAAGUUGCAUAACUGGAAACAUGAUGGACCAGCAAAUGAGAGCUCUGCCUCUCAAGUUACAAUUAGCAAAGAAUCCAAAGGGAACCAACCUAGAGGAUCAGAGCGUAUAAAGCAGUCAGUUGUGGAUUAUGUGGCUUCCUUGCUCAUGCCCCUUUAUAAAGCAAGGAAAAUUGAUAGGGAAGGUUACAAGUCAAUAAUGAAGAAAACGGCAACCAAGGUCAUGGAACAGACUACUGAUUCUGAAAAAGCAAUGGCUGUUUUUGAAUUUCUUGAUUUCAAACGUAAAAAUAAGAUUCGUGCAUUUGUGGACAUGCUGAUUGAAAGGCACAUGAGAAUGAAGCCAGGUGCAAAGUUGUGAUCUUUUGACAAAGAUUAAUUGGUGCACCCGAACACAGGAUUGAGAAGCUGUGUGGCUAUUUAGUCAUAGUUCAAGCAGUUUCUUACAGCUUGUGGCUAUCCCCAAACUGAAGCUCUACUGGUAGAUGGUACUUGUGCUUGCAUCUGUACUGAAUGCAUACAAAGAUUGGGAAAUAGCUAUUAUUGUUUGUCCAAAUACGGCCAAAUCAUGAUGACAUAGCAAAGCCCUCAAACAUUGGAUGGGUGUAAUCAGAUCUUAUACACAAUUUUUCAUCUUCCAAUAUAAAAGUUGGUCGAUUGAUGUGGAAUACUUUUUUGGAACUCAUUAUGUUAACUUGUAUUUUAAAGGUAGAAGCUGGAGACCCCUAACCUUUUUCUUCCGGCUUAGAAGAGAAAUGAAUUGUUUUGUGACUUGUAAGAUGUGUACAGCUUAGAAAAUUUUUAUGGAAACAAAUAUACAGAAUUCUGUCACAUAACCUGCUUAUCUCUUGGCUAUUCUUAGUUUAAUUUGUUACCAAUUAUAUA